AUGCUACGCCAAUCAAGAACAAAGCUUAACAGAAUACUCUUGAACAAAUAUAAAUAUCCAGCUCCUAUCGUGAACCUACAUACCACACGAGUGACUUUGACUUCCGCUAGUAAGGAUGCAGAGAUCUUGCCAUUCAGUAAAUUAGCACAGGGCCUCAAUGAUUUGCGGUCUACCGUUUUACAAGCAACACCUUUUAAAAAUGUAGCAAAACCAGCCUCAAUACCUUUCACCGGAAAAGCAGAAAGCUGGGACCAAGCAUUAAGUGAAGCACAAAGCCUAGUAGAAAAAGCAGAGGAGGAAAAGGAGGAUGAACGUAUCAUCGAUCCCGCAAAAUUAGUAGGAGACAAUUUGAAAGAGAUUAAAGAAAACAUCACAAAGCUGCUAGGGAGCACCCAUCCUCAUCUCAACAAAGUGGCGCGCCAUUAUUUCAGUGGGGAGGGCAAACAUGUGAGACCAUUGUUGAUACUACUGAUAGCUCAAGCAACCAGUGUGACAGACAAGAGGAGACCGACAGCACCUGCUAAUUUCACAACAAUAGAUACACCCAUUUCUACAGGCUUAAAAAACAUUGUAACAAAUGAAACAUUCAACCACAAAAUGCACUAUACCCCUCACGUAACAGAUCAGGGCUGUACUAUUUUACCAACACAAAGACGGUUGGCUGAAAUAACCGAAAUGAUUCAUACAGCCUCAUUGUUGCACGAUGACGUGAUUGAUGCCUCUAUGACUCGUAGAAGCCUUCCAUCUGUGAAUGCAUCUUUCGGAAACAAAAUGGCGAUAUUAGGUGGUGAUUUCUUACUAGCGAGGGCUUCACUGGCUUUAGCGCGUCUUAGAAAUGCGGAGUGUACCGAGUUGAUGACCACUUGUGUAGCUAAUUUGGUAGAAGGCGAAUUUAUGCAGCUGAAAAAUGUAAAGAAAGGCACUGCUGGACGAAGUGAAAAAUCAAACACAUUUGAACAUUAUUUAGAGAAAAGUUAUAUGAAAACUGGGAGCCUUAUCGCUCAAAGUUGUAAAUCAUCGGCUGUAUUAGGAGGUUGCACAAAGGAAGUAGCGUCAAUUGCAUUUGAUUUCGGUAGAAACUUGGGCCUUGCUUUUCAGUUAAUCGACGAUAUGCUUGAUUUUACAAUUACUGCUGCGGAAUUAGGUAAACCAGCAGCCGCUGAUUUAAAGUUAGGGUUGGCCACAGCGCCCGUCUUGUUCGCUUGGGAGGAAUACCCUGAACUGGAACCUAUGAUGAAAAGAAAAUUUUCAAAUAAGGGUGAUGUUGAAAAGGCCAGAGAUCUCGUGUAUCAGAGCGAUGGACUAAAAAAAACUCUAGAACUGGCCACACAUUAUUGCAAUCUAGCCAAAGAAGCGUUAUAUAAACUGCCUCCGUCAGAUGCUAGGUCUGCCUUGGUACAAAUUACAAACAAAUUACUGACAAGAAGGUCAUAAGAAAAAAACUUGCAGUCCCAUAUCGCUUAUAUAAUACCCUCUAAUAGAGUGAAUAAAACAAUGAAUAAAAUAGCCAAAUCUCGAAGGGUCGUUUUUGGCUAGUGUAUUUUUGCCCAG